UUCCUUCUAACUGUGAUGUCCUAUGACAGAUAUCUGGCCAUCUGUAAUCCUCUGUGUUAUUCUUCAAUAAUGAAUCACAAAUUGUGUGUUAAAUUAAUAGUUAUGUCAUGGCUACUUUCCCUUAACUUUACACCAGUUGUUGUGAUUUCUGCAGCUACACAAGAGUUCUGCAACCAAAAUGCCAUCAACCAUUUCUUCUGUGAUUAUUUUCCUCUUCUGGAACUUUCCUGCUCAGAAGCCACUUUAGCACGAAUAUUGGGAAUGGCUGUGUCUGUCCCUGUGAUUCUUUUCCCUUUUUUACUCAUCACUGGAUCCUAUAUCUGUAUUGCCCAUGAAAUCCUAAAGAUAAUGUCCAAUAUUGGGAGACAAAAAGCCUUCUCCACCUGCAGCUCCCACUUGGCUGUGGUCUCCAUAUUUUAUGGGAGUCUCAUUGUUACUUAUUUGGUUCCCACAAGAAACCAGUCACAGACCAUUGGAAAACUUCUUUCUCUUUUAUACACAGUAGUGACUCCUUUUAUUAACCCAAUGAUUUACAGCUUGAGAAGUACAGAUAUGAAAAAUGCCCUUAAAAAUAUUAUACAAUAA